AUGCCUCGAAUCACCCGGGGUCCAUUGACCAUCCGAACAGAACUGUCCGGCCCAGGCGCAAGUCCUGAACGAGACAAACUGUUACGGUUGGUCAAAUCGAUCGAGAUCAACCCGAAGAUCGCAUCUCUCCUGAAAAAGCCUACAUGGUCGGUAGCUUCUCUGAUGCCGCCAACCUCUACAUCUACAUCUCCGUCUACACAACCCAGCACCAGUACCAGCGAAAACGUGAACCCCGGACUCAGUGCGAAGAAGGAUUCCAACGUGAAACCGAAAACGAAAGAGAAGACGGAAGACUCCUCCGACGCAGAGUCGGAAGUGACGCCCUCGAAACUCCAGCACCUCCUCCGUCUCUCCGCGCUGCCCCCUCCCAAAUCCGCGCAAGAACAGACCGAGAUGCUCCGAACCCUCCAGCAACAACUGCACUUCGUCAAGGAGAUCCAGAAAGUCGACACCACGGGCGUGACGCCGCUGGUCGCGCUGCGUGACGAGACCCAGGAGGCGCGGCAAGAGCGGGGAUUCACCCUCGAUUCGCUACAGGAGUAUUUGCGCAUGGAAGAGAAAGUGGGCGUCAAUGGAACCAUACGCAGGCGCAAGAUGCCUGUCGACUGGAGCAAGGAGUUUUCUAGUAGACUGAACCCGAACCCGGAGAAGGGUGUGCCGGACAGACAGGAUGAUCGGGUCCUCGCGCCGUUCGAGAUGGGCGAGGGUGAUGCCAGUAGGAAGAGGGGACAGUUCUUCUUUGUCAAGAGGAGUAAGAAGGAUGAGGGCUUGACGCAGGGAGAAGGAUGA